CAACAGUUGGAUGUUCAUGAACAAAAUUUAUGGCAUUCACGACGAACAGGAACACAAUCAGCUUUGCCUUGAUUUUGUUUAUCGCGUCGCAUGAUAGACACGUAUGGGUUACCUGUGCAUCUCUGCACCUGCUGCAGCUGCAUAAAGUAUAAGUUGUCAAUUGUCAACAUCUACUAGCCGCAUCAACAACUUCUUCGUAAUAUUAGCAAGCUGAGGAUCAAAAAUAAUGCAGCCUACUCCCACGCAUUUAUCGCAGCUCUCUGGGUUGUUGGACCCUGGGUACAUCGCCCAAGCAGAGCAGGGCUUACACAGUGCCUCGAAGCGCGUGACGCAGCUCUUGAGUCACCGCCGUUUGCCGAAACAGGGCUGGUCUGAUUUGGAGAUCGAAGCUUUCCUGAGACAAGUUGCCUUGCUAGACGCCAACAAUGCGGAAGGCAACGUCGGUGUCGGGGAGCGCGAAGGCCGCGUGUACUCACGCUUGGUCCAAGCAAGACACUUCGGCUUGACGCAUGGGGUCGGCCGCAGUGGCGACUUGGUGGCACAGCAACCGAAAGCCGUCGGCAGUUCACUCGUGAAUGGUCUUUGCCGGUAUUUGGCGCUUGACGCAGUGCGCUUGUCGGGGUUUCGGAAUUGCAAGGACGCGAUGGUCGUGCCGCUCGCCACGGGUAUGAGCUUGCUGAUGUGUUUUCUCGCGUUGCAGCAGAUCGCUACCUCGGAAAGUGCUGGCAUCAAAAAGAAGUACAUUAUUUGGUCGCGGAUUGACCAGAAGAGCUGCUUCAAGUCAAUCACAAGUGCCGGUUUUAUUCCCGUAGUAGUGGAGCUUUGUCCCACCGUCGAGUCCAGUGGCGAAGGUCUCGAGACCGAUGUGGAGGGCAUUGAGGCGAAAAUCCAAGAGCUUGGGCCAGAGAACGUGCUCUGCGUGUUCUGCACGACCAGCACGUUUGCGCCUCGCGUGCCAGACAAAGUGGAAGAUGUCGCGAAGGUGUGCAAGAAACUGAGCACGCCUUUGGUUAUCAACAAUGCCUACGGGUUGCAAUGCUCGCGCAUCAUGCAGAGCAUCGAGACAGCCUCACGAGUGGGGCGUGUGGAUGCCAUAGUGCAAAGUACGGACAAGAAUUUCAUGGUGCCCGUAGGCGGGUCAAUCAUUUGUGCGGGGCCACCAUUGCCCCCUGAAAUCGCAAGUAAGCCAGGCUCGGGAACUUCUGGUGCUAAUGGCAAUAUCAGUGGCGAAGCGAAAACGACUUCCGUCUCGACACCAUUAACAGUAGCAGCAGCAGCAGCAGCAGACUCAAGUGCUGUUUCUCGUGGAGGAGAAGGUGUCACCGCUUCGACUGGCGAAGUGGCCGCCCAAACAAGAGCAAAGCCGCCUAAGCCACUUCUUGACCAAAUCGCAAAGUGCUAUCCAGGUCGAGCCAGUGGAGCUCAAAUGUUGGAUCUGCUGAUUACGUUAUUGUCAAUGGGUCAGGACGGCUUGCAGAGUCUAUGGAAGGACCGAAAAACGAACUUCGACUGGUUCCGGGAGGAACUGAAUAAGACAAUAGCACCUUUUGGCCUGCGGACGCUCGACACACGGGAGAACAAAAUUAGCAUCUGCGUGGAUUUAUCCGACCUACCUCUGGUUGACGGAAACGACAUCGAGGAAAGCAAUGGUGCCAGUAGCAGAAGCAAAAAGCUCAAUUCGAUUGGCGCAAAGCUCUUCAAUCACAGAGUUAGUGGUCCUCGUGUGGUCGCAUGCCCGGCUGGCGCAAAAACAAUAGACGGUAUGAAUUUCCUCAACUAUGGCGCACAUUCGAACGACUACGCUUUCCCCUACCUUGCCACGGCGGUUGCUAUAGGAGUCGAGCGCCACGAACUAGAGACAUUUUUGACGCGGUUGACGAAAACUUUGACAGAAGAAUGUGGAACUGCCACGAAGAGCAAGAAACAAAGACAAAGUCAAGAUUCGAAAAAACAAGCUAAAACACGGGUUUGAAUAAUAGAGGAAUUAUUUGAGUUGACGCUACCAACAUGCUUGUAUUCAUCGAAGUCUCAAUUAUAAACCUCGCACCCAUAGUACCCGAACCUAGGCUUUGGAUACAUCCUUGUAAUCAAAGGAGAGACAACAUCGGCUAACAAAAAUCCGCACCCGUGUACCCAUUGGAACGCCGAAGCCACAAGAUCCCAGACCUAUUAUUCCUCUGACACUUUGUUCCAAUAGCCUCCUACGCAGUGCAGCAUGCGCGUCCGUGUAGUAAGAACCAU